AUGGGAGUGAGGGAAUAGGGAAGGGGGCUUCCCUGGGUGUGAGGGAUCCCAGACACCUGGGUUCUGCCUCCCUCCCUCAGCCCCAAGCAUAACUUGUGUUAUACCACAUGACUGGCAUGGCCCAACAGGCCCCAUGCCCCUCUCAGAGCAAGGACAGAACCCAGGUGUCCUGGCUACCAGCACCUGCCCUGCCCUAGUCCACCAGACCCCACCCUCCUCCCAAAUCAAGAAGAGAACCCAGGAGUCCUGACCCACACCCUGGACAGAUGGCAGCUGAAACAAGGCUGCAGGCAAAGAGGGAGGGGCUGGCAGGAUUUGGGUGGCCAGGUCCCCUACCCCAGUACCUCUCCUGGGGGAUGAGGCUGCACCCGGGACCUGGGGGAUGUCUCCAGAAGAAAUGGGGUAGAAUUGGCGGGGUUGGGGUCAGGGUUGGGUGGAGGCAAGAGCCUGUGGGGGUUGGGGUGCAGUGGCAGGGCGGGACUGGCCCUCCCUACGCUGGGGCCCUGCCAAGCUGGGACUGCAUCCAUCAGCGCUGGCCCCAGCUCAGCUGCCUGCAUCUUCAUCAAGGUCGGACGGCAUUCUCCUCCCGCCCUGUGCCACGGGCUCCUUGCCCAGGGCAGCCACGGGCCUGACCAGACCCCUGGCCAGAGUAGUCCAAUGGGCCCAUCUACCUGGACUGCACCUCUUCCCUGCCCUGAACCAGCUCCCAGGCCCACCCGGCCCAGUCUCUUCAUGAUGUUGGGUGGUGCAGGGGAAGGAUCCAAGAGCCUUGUUUCUCAUUCCCUGGGAGCCAGAUGCCUCCUUGCACACACCUCCUCACAGCCAGGCCUCCUCACAGGGGGCCGAGGCCUGCAUCUUGGCCAUUUUGGGCCCAUGAGCAGAGGUGUUAGCUGGCCUCACAGGCCUCAGGGCUGGUAUGGAGCCAAGCAGUCACCUGGGCUUCAAUUUCUCUCUCUUCCCUUCUCUUUCCCAACUCUCUUGCCUCUCAUCUCCUUCCCCACUUCCUCUCCCAUUCCCUGCAACCCUCCUUUCUACCCUUUCCCCUCUCCCAUGGCUAUUUCCACCCCCUGCCCCAUUGCAGAGGGGUCUGCGAGUCCCUGCGAGAUGAGCCUGUCUUCCGGCCUCCCCGCUGCCGCUAGGAUGCUCUUUGUUCUGGCCUUGGCCUGUGCCAGCCCCUUCCUGGACCUGCGCCCAGAUGGGCCACGCUCACUGAACGUGGCCAUCAUCUUCAGCGGCUCCUCCUAUGCCCCUGAGAGCGCCCGCUUAUCACCCACUGCCUUCCGCAACUUCUCACUGGAGGUGAACCCUGUCUCAGUGCUGCUGAAUGACACCAACCCGCGAAGCCUGAUCGUGCGCCUGUGUGAUGUGCUCUCCUCCCUGCGCAUCCAUGGUGUGGUCUUUGAGGACGACACAAGGGCUGAGGCUGUGGCCCAGAUCCUCGAUUUCAUCUCAGCCCAGACCUCUGUGCCCAUCAUCGGCAUCAAUGGGGGCUCCGCCAUUGUUCUCACGCCCAAGGAGAAAGGUUCCACCUUCCUGCAGCUGGGGUCCUCAACGGAGCAGCAGCUUCAGGUGAUUUUCGAGGUGUUGGAGGAGUACGACUGGACAGCCUUUGCUGUCCUCACCACACUCUUCCCUGGCUAUGAGGAUUUCAUCGACUACAUCGAGGUCCUGACUGACAGCAGCUUCAUUGGCUGGGAGCACCGGGGCGUUAUCACCCUGAACCUCACUGAUGAUCCUGACGGCUCCCGCCUCAAGCGUCAGCUGCGAGAGAUCAGUGCCCAGAUCCGCCUGCUCUACUGCUCCCGGGAGGAGGCCGAGAGCAUCUUCCGGGCUGCCCGGGAAGCAGGGCUCACUGGGCCCGGCUACAUCUGGUUCUUGGUGGGGACCAACCUGGGGGGCACUGACUACCUGCCUGAGCACCUGCCAGUGGGGCUGUUCACAGUGCUGUCAGCCGGCUGGAGGGAUGACCUUCAUCGCCGGGUCCACAAUGGGGUGGCCAUCAUUGCCAAGGGGGCUGAGGCACUCUUCCGGGACUAUGGCUUCAUCCCCGAGUUCAACAAUGAUUGCCGGGCUCCCAACAUGACCCAGAUCCAUGACAACCUUCACCGGUAUUUCAUGAACAUCACAUGGGGGCAGAAGGAUUUCUCCUUUAAUGAGGAUGGCUACCUCAUUAACCCUUCGCUCGUCGUCAUCUCCCUCAACAAAGAGCGUACCUGGGAGGUGGUGGGGAGCUGGGAGCACCAGAUCCUGCGAAUGAAGUACCCAGUGUGGUCGCGCUACGGCAAAUUCCUGCAGCCGGUGGACGACGACCAGCACCUGACAGUGGCCACACUGGAGGAGCGCCCAUUUGUCAUCGUGGAGAACAUUGACCCAGCCACUGGCACCUGCAUCCGUGACUCUGUACCCUGCCGCAAGCAGCUCAACCACACCGAGAGCUAUUCCCUGGACCCAGUGCUCUUUGAGAAGAAGUGCUGCAAGGGCUUCUGCAUCGACAUCCUCAAACGCCUGGCCAAGACCGUGGGCUUCACCUACGACCUCUACCUGGUCACCAAUGGCAAGCAUGGCAAGAAGAUCGAUGGGGUGUGGAAUGGCAUGAUUGGGGAGGUGUUCUAUGAGCGAGCGGACAUGGCCAUCGGGUCACUGACCAUCAAUGAGGAGCGCUCUGAGAUCAUUGACUUCUCUGUGCCCUUCGUGGAGACUGGCAUCAGCGUCAUGGUGUCCCGCAGCAACGGCACCGUCUCCCCCUCUGCCUUCCUGGAGCCCUACAGCCCGGCCGUCUGGGUAAUGAUGUUCGUCAUGUGCCUCACAGUCGUUGCCGUCACCGUCUUCAUCUUUGAGUAUUUCAGCCCCGUGGGCUACAACCGCAGUCUUGCUGCUGGUAAACGUGCUGGGGGGUCAAAGUUCACCAUCGGGAAGUCAAUCUGGCUGCUUUGGGCCUUGGUGUUCAACAACUCGGUGCCGGUGGAGAACCCCAAGGGUACCACCAGCAAGAUCAUGGUGCUUAUCUGGGCAUUCUUCGCUGUCAUCUUCCUGGCCAGCUACACAGCCAACCUGGCUGCCUUCAUGAUCCAAGAGGAGUACGUGGACACUGUCUCAGGGCUCAGUGACCGUAAGUUCCAGAAGCCACAGGACCAGUACCCCCCGCUCAAAUUCGGCACCGUGCCCAACGGCAGCACUGAGAAGAAUAUCCGCAGCAACUACCCCGACAUGCACACCUACAUGGUGAAGUACAAUCAGCGCAGUGUGGAGGAUGCCCUGCAGCACCUCAAGUCAGGGAAGUUGGAUGCCUUCAUCUAUGACGCAGCGGUGCUCAACUACAUGGCGCGCAAGGACGAGGGCUGCAAGCUCGUCACCAUUGGCAGUGGCAAGGUGUUUGCCACCACGGGCUAUGGUAUCGCCCUGCAGAAGGGCUCCAAAUGGAAACGACCCAUCGACCUGGCCCUGCUUCAGUUUCUGGGUGACGAUGAGAUUGAGAUGCUGGAACGGCUGUGGCUAUCGGGGAUAUGCCACAACGACAAGAUCGAGGUGAUGAGCAGCAAGCUGGACAUUGACAACAUGGCGGGUGUCUUCUACAUGUUGCUGGUGGCCAUGGGGUUGAGCCUGCUGGUCUUCGCUUGGGAGCACCUCAUCUACUGGAAGCUGCGCCACUGCAUGAGCCACGCUGGUCGCCUUGACUUCCUCCUGGCCUUCAGCAGGGGCAUGUACAGCUGCUGCAGCAGUGAGGAUCCAAAGGCCAAGGACCAGCAGCAGCUGCCCAUCCUGAACCAUAGCUAUGGGCCACAACGCAGUGGGGCACCAGCCCUGCCCAGCCCCCCUGCCCCACCCCUGCCCUGCAGCAGUUUCCUGCCCCGGGAGCGCCGCAUCGUGGAACGUUGGCGUCACGCCCGCAGCCCCAACUGCUACAAAGACCUGUAUGCACCACCUGGUCCCCCUGAGCCCUCUGGGGCCAAAGCCAGCUCCCGCCACGGCCUCCAGAGCGCCUUCACCGAUGGUUUCCACCGAUUCUACGGCCCCAUUGAACCUGAGGGGCUGUCAGAUCACCUGGGUGCAGGUGCUGGAGCGGGGAUGGCUGCACCAGGGCAGGCAAAGAAGAUGGCGCCUUGCCAGCUUUCACCGCCACCUCCCGCCAGAGGUCUGGAGAACCCCCCAUCCUACUUUGCCAUUGUGCGGGAGAAGGAAGAGCCGGAACCACCUGCUUCAGCCUGGCAUCGUAAGUCCCUGCGGGGCCUAUACGAGAGUUUCCAGGCAGGCAAAACUGGGAGCCGGACACCAGAGCCCAAGAAGCACGGGGUUGGCAUGAGUGGGGCCUAUGCCCCCAAGGGUCCCCGUGAGCUGGAGUGUGGGCGCCCAAGCAAGGAGACGGGGCGCUACGGCUACACCCGCCUGUCCUAUGAAGACGAGCGCACCCCACCGCGGGCCCCAGCCCCCCGUGGGCGGGGGCGCCGUUCCCGCCACACUGAGGAGGCCCGGAGUGGUGCCGACGGGGAGACCCAGCCCCUACUGCACCCCACAUGCCCAGGAGCAGGGGGCAGCAGUGGCAGUGGGGGGCGUGCCCACAUCCCCCGCAGCCAUUCGCACCCACUGGCCGUGAGUGCCAGCUUCCCCAGCCAGAGCCGCUACAUGGAGUUCUCAGACUCAGACUCGGAGGUGUGUGAGCGAGAAGUACCCUGCACCGAGGCCUCACCCCCGACACCCCCGGCCCCGCCCCCAGGCAAUGGGCACAGCUGCUGGUACUCUCCCCCUGAUUACUUCUGUACUUACCCGUCCCGAGAGCGCCAGCUCUUCAGCACCCACAAGCCUUUGCGCUAUUGGUCAGCCGACAAACUGGGCCCCUGCCACUCCUGCCACGGGCUGUGCCAGCACUGUGCCAGCCUGGAGCUGCUGCCACCUCCCACCCCACCGUGCCGCAAGGAGGCUCUGCGCUACUUCAGCUGCUCGGAGGAGCGUCUGGAGCGCCGGCUAGACUGGGAGCACCGGCGCUGCGGGCACUACAGCUGCCUGGCUCCCCGGCACCACCACGGCCUCUACCGGCGCUGCCAUCACCACCACUCCUGCGAGCUGGGCCCUGCCGGCUCCAUCCUGCACCCGACUUCCCGCAGCCUGGAGGACCUCAGCUCCUGCCACCUGGUGCGCUGUGGCGUGACACCCCACCGCUUCGGCUUCUCUCCCCCUGAGUGGCUCCCGCGUCGUGUCAGCCGCAGUGGCGAGCUCUUCACCCGGCGCGGCUCCGCCCACUUCUCCAGCCUGGAGUCGGAGGUAUGACGCAGCCGUGGACCUGGGGGAAGGGACAGGGGGUGGGGGUGCUGAUGCCAUGGACCUGCAGGGAGGAGUGCCAGGAGUGUUGAUGCCACAGACCAAGGGGGCACCAUGGCUGGUGAUACCAUGGAUCCAAGGAGAGGGAGGGACCCAGGGAUGGGUGGACAGUGCAACGGCUGCUGGCACCAUGGACCCAGGGAUGAGUGGAUUGAUACCACGGCUGCUACUGCCACAAUCCUGUCAAGAGAGGGCUAGAUUAUGGGCAAGAAGAACAGCACCACAUUCAUGAAUGCCACAGGCCUGGAGGACAUGGCAGCUAACAAUGCCACAACCCUGGGGAGAAGGGCCUGUUGCCACAGAUGGAUAACAGAAGCAGGGGGAUGCUGUGGCUGCUGACCCAGAUGCCAGAGGGAUACAGUCAUGGUGGUUUGUGCUGCAGACUUGAGGCAGGGAGGGGGAUGGUGCCACAAAUGCCAAGCCUGUGGACCUGGGGGGCACAGUCACUGAUACCAUGGACACAGCAGGCACAAAAUCACUGUGGACCAACCCAUACGGAGCAUCUAUGUCACGGACCAGUGUCUGAGGUGCCUGCCACUGAAGCCAUGGACAUAGGACAAGGAAAAUUGAUGCCUCACAACCACAGCCAGCAGGGUUGGCCAUCACCAUCAUUGGCACUCUGGCCUGGGGAGGGUGGUUUUUGCCAGCACCUUUAAUACCACGGAGCCGUAGAAGAACAGCGCCAGCAAUAGCACAGAGCCAGCAAGAAGUGGCCCUCCACUGCCCUUGUAGCUAAGCUAAGUCAUGGGAGCCACCACAGGGCCACGGAUCCUGCCAAGGUGUCACUGACCCCCAAGCCCACAGACUUGCCGUAGGAGGGGCUGCCACAGGUACCACGGACCAGGGGCAAACAACAUAGCCAGCAUCACUGAUACCAUAGAACCCUGCACCACUGAGGCCACAGGCUGAGCUGGGUGCAGGAGGAGGAGUGACACCAUGGACAUGGGCCAUAGCCCAGCCUAGUCACUGCCCUCCAGCUGACACUGAACCCAGUCCAACAGACAGGAUGGGCUGGCACCAUCCGCUAGCCAACAGCUGCCCUAGCACAUGGCAGUGGCAGCUGGGGAAGAGGGGAGGGCUAUUGGCAGCCCCAUAGCUAGGCUGUGAUUUUUUUUCUCCAAAGGGCUUUUCCAUGCGGCAUGAGGCGGGGAGGAGGCGCGUGGGACCCGCAAGCACAUGGCAAAUGGGGGCAAAGGGGUAUCCCCACUGGUGGGGACAGUAAUAGGACUCUUACCCCCAGGGCCCUGAAGGGUCAGCCUGCUUUGGGAGGGAUGGAGGGGAGGACACACCCAUGAGCCCUGCGGGGUGGAGAGGGGGCA